GGUAAUCAUCGACGGUCAGGAUAAGCUAGGGCAAAACCACGCGUAUCCGUGUUCAUCGCUGAUUUGGGGAGGAGGGCAUCACCUGCCCUCGUCUCAGUCGCUCCGGGAGGGGGGAAGAACGCGAAAUCCGUCAUCCACCCAACUCAGUUGCGAUUCUCGAGGUUUUCAGGUUUCGUUGGGAAGUCAGAGUGUCAAGCUUAGGUUUGUUCAAAUGGGGGAUGCAGAAAGUGCCUUACCUGCAUCCAAGAAGAGGGUCGCUGGAAGACAACUAUCAAAGGAUGACCCUGAUCUUGAUGAAGAUGCUCCUGAGGCAGAGAUGGGUACUUUCAAAAAAGCCAGUGAGGAAGUAAUGGCUACUAGAAGAAUACUGAAGGUUCGGCGCAAUCAGCCACCAGCAGCUGCUGCUUCAAAUCCUUUUGCUGGAAUUCGUUUAGUGGCUCCAGUGGACUCCAGUGCGGAAGCAACUAAUGCAGUUGAGCAACCUGAAACUGGUGGUUGUACAAAACCUGUAGGAGAACAAAAUGAUACUAAUGAGGACAGCUUAAUUACUGAUGCGGGUAAAGGAAGUGAAAUUAGUGAUUCUAUUAACGAAAUUGAGAAAAGGAAAGAGAGUAGCGAGAAAUUGGAUGUGAAACCUAAACCAUCAUCAGCACCGGGUGAUGAUAAGGUGAAAAAUGAUGAAAUCGAAGAGAAACCCCAACCUGUGGACGCCAGUAAAGAUGCCAAAGAAGGUGGGGUAAAAACUGAUAGUGGAGGUAUAGAUGAAACAAAUGGGGUUGACCUCAAAGAAACUGAGAAGGAAGCUAAAGAAACGACAGAAGAAGCUGGAGAUAAAACUGAGAAUGAAGAAAAGGAAAGUGAGAAAGAAGUGGAGGAAAAUGAUCAAAAAGAUCCUGCUGAACCUGAUGCACCUCUGAAUUCAUUUCAGCAAUUAUCAAGUAGCCAAAAUGCCUUUUCAGGGCUUGCAGGAACUGGAUUCUCAACUUCUUCUUUUGCCUUUGGAAGCUUUGCCAAGGAAGGAUCCAAGUUUGGAACAAGUUUUGCAUCUCCUUUUGCAUUCAAGAGUGAAAGUUCAUUAUUUUCCUUCGGUACCGGGAGUGCUAAUAAUGGGGACUCUUCCUUGCCAUCGCUGGGGGCUGCACCAGAUGCCUCUAAGAGUGUGAAACUCUCGGAGGUGCCUGUUGAGACAGGCGAAGAGAACGAGAGAGCAGUUUUUACUGCUGAUGCCAUAAUGUAUGAGUAUUUGGAUGGAGGGUGGAAGGAGAGGGGCAAGGGAGAGCUUAAGAUAAAUAUCUCAGCAUCAGAUGUGGAAAAGGCAAGGCUUGUUAUGCGAUCUAAGGGUAAUUAUAGGCUGAUCUUGAAUGCAAACCUUUACCCAGACAUGUCCCUCACCGACAUGGACAAGAGAGGCAUUACUUUUGCUUGCAUUAAUAGCACCGGAGAAGGAAAGGAUGGCCUGACUACUGUUGCUCUCAAGUUCAAGGACAGCAGCAUUGUGCAAGAGUUUCGUGAAUCAGUUGUGGCACAUAAAGGCCAGAAAGCGCCUAUUUCGGAACCUAACGAAUCAUCCAAGGAGUCUGAUGAUUGAUUUGGUAAAUCUGCCAUAUUGGUUCAAACUUUCUGAAUGAACAUGGUAACGGCUCAAUCUCUCUUUUGAUAUUUCCGUUAAUGGUCUCGCUUAAACAUGAUUUCUUAAGCUGUUUGAGUUGUAAACUUUUGGCCAUUCACAAGUGUCAACUUGUUUUGUUAAUUUUAGUAUUAUGAGCAAACACCUCAACGUUUUACGAA